UUUUCGGUGACUCGCUCCAAUCAUACCCCAAAAUCUAGCUAGCUAAGUAAAAGAAUGCAUUGCCUAUUUUGAUCGCAGAAUCAAUUUGGUAUCGAUAGACAACCCAUGGGCACAUAUCUCGUUUUGUUUGUGUCGAUAAACGUCAGAAAAAUACCUUUCUAGGCUGUGCUACCUAAUGUUUUCCAGGUAGUUGGCUWAAUAGCCUCGAUGCACAGCACAGGGUUAGUUAUCAAUACAGUUAUUUAGCUAGCUAACGUUAGCUAUCUUUGCUUGAAGUGUGGGCUGCCUAUUGUGUUAGCUAGCCAGCUACCGUUAACAGCUAUCUGAUUUGCUGUGUUUGAAAUAUUUUCAUAUUCUUCAUUCUCAUCACCGGUGGAUAUGGGACUACUCUUUACCAAGCUGAUGACUGUCUUCGGAGACAGAGAACACAAAGUGAUCAUAGUGGGCCUGGAYAAUGCUGGGAAGACCACUAUCCUCUACCAAUUCCUUACCAAAGAGGCGGUUCACACCUCCCCCACCAUUGGCAGUAACGUAGAGGAGAUCUCUGUACGCAAGACCCGCUUCCUGGUGUGGGACAUCGGAGGCCAGGAAAGCCUGAGAGCCAGCUGGAACUCCUACUACUGCAACACAGAGAUUGUGAUUCUGGUUGUGGACAGCACAGACCGCGAGCGCCUAAAUCUGAACAAAGAUGAACUUCACCGCAUGCUUGCACAUGAGGACCUACAGAAUGCUGCGAUUCUAGUUCUGGCCAACAAGCAGGACAUGAAGGACUCUAUGACAGUGGCAGAGAUCUCCCAGUGCCUCACCCUAAGCUCUAUCACAGCCCACUCCUGGCAUGUACAGGCCUGCUGUGCCCUCACAGGGGAGGGACUACCUGCCAGUCUGGACUGGAUGAGGUCUCGUGUCCUGGCCAGUUAGAACUCCUUCCGUGGGCUCAUCCCAAUUGGAACCAGGACAGCUAUCCUUUGACCCAACAAACACAACCUCUCAGACGUCGCAGCCAAAGCCACAGUGCCCAGAUCAGGAUCUCCACUAUCUGUAGUGACACUGCCCCUCUGAGCCCCAGGGGUGGCCCCAGUCUUGCCCUGUCACCCUCAUGCCUUACCCAGCCCUUAGUGUGUAUGCCAGGGCUGACCAGAGUCCAGGUCUGCCUCGGGAUAGAGGAGGCCUGGAGGAACCUGGCAGAACCUCAACUAGAUAUGCCAGGGUGUGCAURUGCGUAAGCAUCUAUGUGUGGUGUGUGUGAGACUCCGUUCUAGAGGUCCACCAUGUUUACAUAAGAAUCCUUACCUGUCAGRCCUGACUCCAUAAGGAUGACACAGUAUGCCCCACAUAAGCUGAAAAKGUACCUAUCACAGUAUUUAAGCCUCCUGUCCUCAUGAACUCCACAGAGGUAGAAUGGGAGGUUGCAUUGGAUUUCUUUAACAUACAGAUUUGUACCUCUGACUUGAGGAAAACCACAGUACAACAGGUUAAGAGGCCAGACCUAAUGGGGAGAAAACUGGUGCUCAGCCUUCUGAGCUAUCAAUGCACAAAUUACUUGAAGUAUUUAUAUCAAAGAAGAAAAAAGGGGGUUGCUUGACAGUGAAAAACGGUAGCAUGCUUUCUGUAAAAAGCAAGAUGACAAACAAGUAUUGUCUGAUUUUAAGGUUAAUCAUGUAUUUUUAUACAUAUACAGUGGCUAUGUAUUUUACGGUACAAAAUAUUUUUUGUACAAAUAAAUGUUAUUGUUGAUAAA